UUAAAAUUAAAUCUUCAAGCGCUAAUUUGUUAAAGUAACAAUAAAAAAAAUUAGUAACACUUUACAUGCACAAUUUGGAUCAAAUCAUCUUAUGAUGGGAACCAUAGAGAAACGUUCUUUUUCUUUUCGCCUGCGACGCACUACAGGAGAUGGUGGAAGUACGCACAGCCGAAAUAGUAACAACAAUAGCAGUACUUGUACCAAUAUUAACAAUAAUAGAUGUAAUUCCCCAUUAACACCAACGAACACCAGUAUGAAAUUGGAAGUGCCAAAUACCGCAUCAGUUAGUCGCCGAAGUAGCAUUUACAAGAAACCUGAUAAAGAUGACAGUGGAAUGAUACAUAUUAUACCGGAUAUAGACCUUCCAUUAAUGACAUUUACUGAUCAGUAUAAUAUUGAAAAAACUCUUGCGGAGGGUUGUUUUGCUAAAAUCCUAUUAGCAUUACAUAGACCCACAAAUACGACUGUAGCUCUUAAAGCUGUACAUGCAGAGUUGACAACACUUAAAGAAUUUCAAAAAGAAUUUCAUUACAACUAUGAAUUAUCUCAUCAUCGAAAUAUACUUAGUGCCUACAAUGUAGCAUUUCAAACUAAAGAUUAUUAUGUUUUUGCCAUGGAACACGCGCCAUAUGGUGAUAUGGCUGCAAAUCUUGGACCGAAUGGUCUACACGAAAGUGUAUGUAAAUUGAUAUCUGAACAAUUAAGUUCAGCACUUGGAUUUAUGCAUUCGAAAAACUUAGUUCAUCGAGAUUUAAAACUAGAAAAUAUACUUGUAUUUACACCAGAUUUUUCACGUGUUAAACUGUGUGACUUCGGUGCAACUACCAAAAGAAGCCUUUUAGUGCAUAAGGUAAAACAUACAUGGACCAGUUUUGUGCCUCCAGAGGUUUUGGAAAUUGUAAAAAAUGAAAGAUUCUUAUGUCUUCCCAGUAGUGACUCAUGGCAGUUUGGCAUACUUUUAUAUAAUAUUUUAACUGGAAGUCCACCAUGGAAUUCAGCGGAUUGGGUUAAGGAUGCUCAAUAUGCUAAUUUUAUGAAAUAUGAACAGCGUAAAACCACAAAAAUUCCGGACAACUUUCGUCGGUUUUCACCACGGUUGAUGCGUUGCUUUAGAAAAUACUUAAGUCAUGAUCCAGAGGACCGCUGCAAAAUAACUGAGGUCACAAAAUAUAUGAAAGACAGAUGGGUCGAAUGUCGCAUAUCAGCUUCAAAAUCCGCAACACUAAUUUCACCUAAUCCAGAUCAAGACUCAUGCAUAUAUUUAAAUCAAAGAGAAGGUAGAAUGUCCGCUGACGAAAAUAGAUCGCGAAUGAAACGCAUGAUGUCCAGUUAUGGACUUGAUAACGCCAUCGAUCAAACAGCGGUUCGACGGCGUGUUCUCGAUUGGCUUUCAACUUGUGACAAUAACUUUGACCCUGAAAUCGAGAGUUUAACUUUAGUAAAUGUUAAGGAUUAGAAUUAAAAUAAAUUUUUAAAGAUUCAUUUGAAGAAUAUUCAUUUUUAUUGUACAAACAUAAUUAUUAAGUGUAUGCCUAGUCAGCCAUGAUAUUACACAUGUUCUAAAAUGCAAUUUGAAGCAUAUUGACAUGUACAUCAUUUUCUAUAAUAAUUUAUGCAAUAAGUAGAUAGAUGAUAGACUCGUAUAAUAUACCAAACGUAUUUUUAGAAAUAAUAUAUUGUGAUGGCGUAAUAUUAAAUACCCUUGUAUAUACAUAUAGUAGGAUAUAUUUCAAUUUUAUAAAUUUAUAUUUAAGAUACUAUAACGAUUUUGUGUAAAUAAUUAAAAAUUAAAAAUUAAAAAUAACGUAUGAAUGAGGGAGGAUGCAAGAAUUGUCAUUGGGUGUACAUAUGUAUAAUAGCACGUUUAGUUAUAACAAUAUUACUCGAAUCAAUAUGAAUUCAUGUAUAAAUAUAUAGACUUAGUAAUAUAAACAUUUUUCUUUUAUAAAUACCAACAACGUGAUUUAGUGAAACGGCGAUAAUUUCGCACAUCAGUUCAGGUGAAAAUAAGUAAAGAAUAAACAUAGAUUGUAUAAUAAAUAGCAGUGUGAAAAACUGAUUUUUCAAAUAUUUUAUCGAAAAUGUAAUUUAAAUAUAUCCUCGUACAAUAAAAUAAAUAAAAUAAUAGUGUUUAGCUUUUUCACCAAAUGUUUGCUUAUUGAAUAAUUGAAUAAACAAAUAUAUGAAUCAGAGCAUUAGAAAAUCACACAUAAAUGUUUACCUAAAUGAUUGUUUAAACAAAUGCCAUUGUAAAAAAAAAGAAAUAAAAAAAAACAAUGAAAUAAAACUCAGAUGGAUACUGAUAUAGACACCUUAAUCUAUAUAAUAGAUAAUAAAAAUAAUAAUAAU